AGUUCGCUGACAUUAUUAGGAAUCCAAAAUAGCGUUUUUGAAGGAGAGUUAGGUGAUGUAGUCCCGGUAGUGCAUACUUCAAUAGCCGGUACUAGAAUUGUCGGCCGUUUAACUGUUGGCAACAAAAAAGGUCUUCUUGUUCCAAACACAACAACUGAUCAAGAGCUUCAGCACUUGCGUAACUCUCUCCCAGAUUCCAUCAAAAUCCAGCGUAUUGAAGAAAGGUUAUCUGCCCUGGGGAAUGUCAUUGCAUGUAAUGACUACGUUGCCCUCAUUCAUCCUGAUGUUGACAGAGAAACUCAAGAGAUCAUUCAGGACGUGUUAGAAGUUGAGGUUCAUCCACGUACCAGUAUUCAAGAUCAAGAUGAAUUAUCGUCUCUACUGCAGGUCCCACUUGUGGCGGGGACAGUAAAUCGUGGUUCGGAUGUGAUUGGAGCGGGUCUCGUGGUAAAUGAUUGGUGUGCGUUUGCCGGAUUAGACAGUACGGCAACAGAGUUAUCGGUGGUUGAAAAUAUAUUUAAAUUGCACGGCGCACAACCAACGGCCAUUGUCACCGAAUUGAGGGAUUCCUUGGUGGAUACCUAUGCAACAAUUUGGAAAACCAUGGCGGCCCCCAAGACUCCCAACAUAUCAGAUUUUGAAUUUGUAGAUCCUACACCUAUGCCUGACAAUAUUCCAAAGGUCGAAGAGGUUGGGUGCACUUCGGCUCCUUUGCAUUCUGCUGCAUACUUCAUUGGUGCAUACUGUAAAGAGUAUAAUGAGGAUUUUAUGCUUUGUAAAAAUGAGAAUAAUGAUCCAGCACAUUGUUUGAAGGAAGGGCGAAAGGUUACAAGAUGUGCAAUUGAUUUGUAA